AUGUCGACUUCAUUGGCGAGCUUGAUCAGCAACGUAAAGAGUAAUACGGCUAAAAAUAGCUUACUACAAAAGAAUUUAGCCAUCAAUAAAAAGCGAUCGGCAAGUCAUGAAGACAAGACGGCGAUCAGGAAAAAGCUAAAGCAAGAAAAACCAGCCAUCGAGUCCUCGGAACCCAAGGUGGUGGUGUUUGAUGGCUCAUCCUUGAAGAAACGGCCCGAGUUCGAAAGUAGAAAGGAAAAGAAGGCUUUUCUGUCUGGAAAAAUAUUACAAACGGACUCGAGCUCGACGGAGGAUCAGUCAAAGAUGAGUGCCAAAGAAGUGGCAGAAGAAGAGGAAAACAAGCGAAAUGAUCAAGAAUUAAAAGAUUUACUAGCCACCUCGAAAUUACUAGAAGAAUAUCAAAUUGAGGAAAUGAGCGGCAAAGAACGUCGAAAGCAUAUGAUGAAUAAGUUGGAGACAUUAGGUGCAAAGCCUGCUGCAAAUAUCCGCAUACCAUUGGCGAUCCAUUUGGGCAUGGAAGCGAAGAAGAAGGAACGAUUACAGCAAAAGAUGCAGGAAGCUAAAGAUACCGGUCUAUACGACAAAUCAUUGAAGCAUUUGUAUGUCAAGACAAAAGCGAAAAAGCGUGACCGUAAUCCCGGUAUCACGAACGGUAUUGGCCGCAUGAAAGGCGCAACGUUGCAAUUGAGCAAAGAGGAAAUCACUCGCGUAGCGCGUCAAGGGACAAAGAGUAAAAGUGGAGGAAAGAAGGGCAAGGGCAAGAGACGAUAAAAGAAAAGAUUCAUACCAUAUCAAUUUCACGACAAUAAACUCAUCUAUUUUUGCAUUCAUGUAUCAUACAUUAUUCGCCUUGUCCAUGAAGAGAGCACUCUUGUGUGCGCCCUUUGGAAAGUAGGUGUUCAACUCGUUUACUGAUAUCGCAGAAAAAAACCUGCCACACCGGUAUAUGAUGAACAGCUGGUUUUUUUUCUUUUUAAGUUGAUCUUUUACCAGUGUGACCCAAUAUUUUGAAACGCAUUUUUCACACUGUACUGAAUUUGAUAUGUUUUCAUGUGAAAAAUUCAUGACCGAAUUCCCGCGAUCACCUCACCAAAAUGGAAAUUUUAACCCAGAAUCCAAAAGAUCAAUCACAUCUACAAGUUGUAAAAACAUUGGCUCUCUUUAUAAUAGGGAAUGGCAAAAAGUAUCAAGCUGCAACUCUACAGUGAGUUAAAAACGUUCGGGGAAAAUGGCGUGUCUCUUUUGUUGCG